AUAAUAUACGAUGCCUCUGGGGUCUCCUCCAGUGUCUCAGCCCCAGAGGUGUGGGGUGUCCUCCAGUGUUUCAGCCCAAGAGGUGUGUGGUCUCCUCCAGUGUCUCAGCCCCAGAGGUGUGGGGUCUCCUCCAGUGUCUCAGCACCAGAGGUGUGGGGUCUCCUCCAGUGUCUCAGCCCCAGAGGUGCGGGGUCUCCUCCAGUGUCUCAGCCCCAGAGGUGUGUGGUUGUGGUCUCCUCCAGUGUCUCAGCCCCAGAGGUGUGUGGUUGUGGUCUCCUCCAGUGUCUCAGCCCCAGAGGUGUGGGGUCUCCUCCAGUGUCUCAGCCCCAGAGGUGUGUGGUUGUGGUCUUCUCCAGUGUCUCAGCACCAGAGGUGUGUGGUUGUGGUCUCCUCCAGUGUCUCAGCCCCAGAGGUGUGUGGUUGUGGUCUCCUCCAGUGUCUCAGCCCCAGAGGUGUGGGGUCUUCUCCAGUGUCUCAGCCACAGAGGUGUGUGGUUGUGGUCUCCUCCAGUGUCUCAGCCCCAGAGGUGUGGGGUCUCCUCCAGUGUCUCAGCCCCAGAGGUGUGUGGUUGUGGUCUUCUCCAGUGUCUCAGCACCAGAGGUGUGUGGUUGUGGUCUCCUCCAGUGUCUCAGCCCCAGAGGUGUGUGGUUGUGGUCUCCUCCAGUGUCUCAGCCCCAGAGGUGUGUGGUUGUGGUCUUCUCCAGUGUCUCAGCCCCAGAGGUGUGUGGUUGUGGUCUCCUCCAGUGUCUCAGCCCCAGAGGUGUGUGGUUGUGGUAUCCUCCAGUGUGUGUUGAAAGCUUCUAAAUAGUAGAGUAACUGCUGAAAAGUCUAAUAGGGUCCUGUACCUUGUGUGACCUUGGAUGGGAAUGUUCCAAAUAAAAUAAAACCCAAUAAAAAUAUGACUAAACAAAUACAGUGGGGAGAACAAGUAUUUGAUACAU